AUGCGACUUCAAUUGUUUCCACGAUUCUCGUUUCUAUGUCGUCACUUCUGCGCAUUGAAAUUUGAUGGCAAAAUUCCUUUGGAAUGUUUACAAAAGACAGUCACUUUUCGGGAAGAUGGACGAACUCCGCAAGUUGAACUUCGUGUUCCUUUGAAAGCUGAUUGGAUCCCGACGAGAAUAGCGGAAGAUUUGAGGAUGCGCUAUUCGCACAGAGUUGACCAAAACGAUUUGUUAGUGAUUGAAUCAUGUCGAACUUAUUCGGAGCAGCUGAAUACGGCUGAUUGUAUCGAUAAAUUACGCAGCGCAAUGCUGGAAUGUGAGGCGGUUCUGAAUGGUGCGGAAAACACGAAAACAAAAUUAGACUCAAGAGUUGAAGUGAAGCUUGAUAUCAAACGACGACUUGCUGCAUUUGAAAACAAUGAUUAG